AUGAUCUGCACCACAACUUCCCCCAAAACCGGCAACUUUUUCGACCUGUCGCCGCUGCUGCACCAUGAUUGGUCUGUUCCCGGCCUAGACUACGGCUUCAACUUCAGCAUAAGUUUCUGUGGCCCUCUGACGUCUUCAGACACACAAUACACCGAUCUCGAAACCGACCACGAGGCCCAAAACUCGGCCAGCGCUAGCUACACAGACUCAGUGACUGGCCAGACGUACUCACUCGGCAAAUCUGACACACAUCCGUUUUUCCGCGGCCGAGAACUCGUUCUGGAGUACCACGGAGGCAGUUUCUGCAGAGACCCAGCGGGGAAAAUGACCGAGCUGCGCAAAAGCGCCUUGGUCAGCUUCAAAUGCGACCACGAAAUGACCCACCACGUCAUGUCUCCAACGCUGGUGGGCCAAUUAUCCGACUGUGCGUAUUUCUUUGAGGUCAAGACCCCCCAUGCGUGCGCAGUGUCUAACCAGGAACAGAGCAUGCAACCCGUGACGAUUUUCGUCUUCAUUGUUGUUGUGGCAACCAUUGUGGGACUCGUUAGUAGCCAGCUGGGCAAGGGAGGAAAGUUGCAGUUUGAUGGAGGGCGACUUGGAGAGAGAGUUAAGAGAGUGGUUCUCUUGUUGUGGGUGGUGGUCCUCAGAAUCGUCAUGGCUCCCUUUAGAGUCGUCAAGAGUCGCAGACUGCCGUUGUAG